AUGGCCUUGCGGGCUGUUUGUAUGGUUUUUGGCCAAUUUUUCAACAUACUGUUGGGAUCCAGGCAUGGCUUCUGUUCUCAAGCAGCCACCGACUUGGCCUUAGCUCGAGCCUUGCUCCCGCAGCGGCCAAGUGCAGCGGGCCUUGGAGACAACAGCAGCCCAUUGCUGGCUCCGGCUGGCGAUGGCCUCAGAGCUGAAAACUUUGCCCUGGGUGUGUUGUUGACUCAUUCAGGCGAGCUGACGCCAGCAGAGUUUGACCAUUUCCUGAAGAUCUGCUGUGCCAGGGGAGACUGCGUGCCUACCAGCAAGGCCAGAACGCUCCUGGCAACAUGCUUGUCACGCUCGUAUGACGCAGACAAGCUUACAAUGCUGUUGACCUGGGCAAGCCAAGGGGACUACAAGGGCUUUGUGCCCUUCAUUCUCGAGAAACGCGUUGCGCUCGGCUUCCUGGCAAAGAUGGAAUCGAGGGACCGCUCCGCGAUUUUUGGAGAGCUGCUGGAUUUUUGGGGAAGUCCAGAGGAGAUUGCGGCUGCUAUCGCAGAGAACCGCCGCGAAAUUCGAUCCCUCUUGCGAUGGGCCAUCGAUCAGGAAGAUGCAGCUGUCUGCCAGUCAAGCAGACUGACAACAACACUGGCCCACGUUGUAGGCCGCAGCCUGCAACAGAGCCAUGACAGUGCUGAGGUGGGCCAGAUGCUGUUUUGCCUCUGCUUUGCUGGAGCUUGCUUGCCAGAUGACAUCUCUGAGACCAUACCCAUGGAAUGGCUGAAAGAACUCAGGACGUUGCGAGGGAGCGAGGCCUUUCUGGCAAGCACCCUGCUGACUCGAAUGGAGCAGUGCGAUGACACAAAUCUCAGGGAGAGGUUCCCAGAUGUCUGGUGCCCUGUUUGGGGCAACUUAGAAGCAGAAGCCUGCCAUAGAGCUGUGGCUGUGGUUGCAAGGUGGUGCAAGUUGGCUGGGCCUGAUGCGGACGGAGCAGCUUUUGCCAUCAGAGUGCUGAGGAACUUACCCCUGCAUGCGUUGAGCGGUCCUUCUCUGGACAUUGUGUACUCACCAGAGCUGCCGGUGCAGGCUGGCACCAUAUACGUAGUCCAGCUACUUCAACAGAAUCGGAAGGAAGAUCGAGAAGAGCUGCAGAGAUUUGUCGACGAGUCCAAUCGGAGAUUUGCGAGUACUCGUCAGGAGUUGAGCAGAGUUUCAGAAGCAGCUUCAGACGCCCUCCAAAUGGCGGAAGAUGCGACGCGCCGAGCAGACCGGGCGGCAGACGCAGCCCGGCGCGCCCAAACUGAAGCCGAAAAGGCAAACAAAAAAGCCCGCCGCAACGAACGCGGGGCCGACUUCGACUAA